AUCAAAAAUACUUCUAAUUAUAGUCACUUGAUAGAUGAAAGUGAUAUGCAAAAACAGUCAAAGCUUAUAAAAGACUUAAUAAGCAAUAAGGCAAUCAAAUAUUACAAUUCUUCAGCAAUCAUAAAUGUU